CGCCACGAUACGCGCCUCACUUCCGGGAUUUCUUGACACGCCCGAAUCCUCGGCAAAAACCUCCCAUCACUCAUGAAAUUCUGUUUACUUGAUGAAUCGAAGGGUUUCCCGUGUACGAUACGUUGUAUGACCGUUCGGCGUGUCAAUAUUUUUGUCACAGCAGCUGCGUCUCCGCUGUGUUAUUGUUGAUACGAAAUUGCGGGUGGAGCUAACGUCAGUUGUCACAGCAGCUGCGUCUCCGCUGUGUUAUUGUUGAUACGCACUUGCGGGUGGAGCUAACGUCAGGUAAAUUGAAGCUCAUAUAAUUUCAAGAGACAACUGUCAAUAAGACCCGAGCAUGCCAAAUGAGGCUGACCACAACGAGGGUGGGGGAGAUAAGGAAUCUGAGGACAGUGCACAGGAUUCUUCUGAGCAGUCAGUGAGGAAGCGAGGCCGAACAAACACACCAAGUCCACACAGAGGAGCAAGCGUUCCACAAGCCAGCCCACCCGGGUUUGUGAGUGCGGAGGAGUUAAUGGAAACAGCAAAAGGAGUUACCAAUAUGGCUUUGGCCCAUGAAAUAAUGGUGGACCAGUCUUUUCAAGUUAAACCAUCUGAGCUUCCCGAAGGAAGUUUGGAGCGCAGAGUGAAAGAGAUUGUACACCAAGCAUUCUGGGAUUAUCUAGAAGCUCAAUUAAAGAAGGAUCCACCGCAGUACAGCCAUGUUAUCCAACGGCUGGCUGAAAUUAAAGAGACGUUGCUAUCUUUCUUGCUGACGGGCCAUAGUCACUUGCGGUCCCGAAUUGAGGAGGUUCUUGAUCUGACUCUAAUCCAGCAGCAGGCGGAGAAAGGAGCACUGGACGUCGGUGCCCUUUCCAAUUUCAUUAUUGAGAUGAUGGGAUCGCUUUGUGCUCCUUGCAGGGAUGAGGAUGUCCGUAAACUAAAGGAGAUUACCGAGUUUGUCCCUUUGCUCAAGGCCAUAUUCUCAUUAUUGGACCUGAUGAAGUUGGACAUGGCUAAUUUUGCUGUAAACAGCAUCAGGCCUCAUCUGAUGCAGCAGUCCGUUGAGUAUGAGAGGAACAAGUUCCAGGAGUUUCUGGACAGACAACCCAAUGCUUUAGACUAUACUGAGAAAUGGCUUAAGGACACAUUAAAGAACUUGGGAGAGGCUUCUCCCACUGAGGCCUCAGCUGAUCCUCCUGCUUUCCUUCCAGCGAAUGUCCAUAAUCAAGCGUAUUUGCGCCUGCUUAAAUGGGAACACCUCUCAGAGCCCUUCCCUGAGACAAUGUUGAUGGAUCAGGCUCGGUUCCAGGAAAUGCAGCAGAUAACUGAACAAUUAGUUUUACUUUCAUCGAUAUUACUCAUAGUUUACACUACCACGGGGGAAGCCAUCUCAGGCGUUCCAGGGCUCAUGGAGACGCUUAAAAACACUGUUCAUGCCAUGCUUGCAGAUAUGCAUGCACCGUCUUUCAAUCUGCAAGAGACCCUAGUGACCACUGGGGAGAAACUCUGCAUGGAGCUAAGUCAAUGUUUAACCCAGCAUGGCUCUGCCGCAUUAUCUGCUGACCAAAAAAACAUUCUGAUGGGGCAAAUCUCUGCCACCAUCAAGCCGGACAACACAGUCCGUCAGUUGAUGGACUCUCGGGUUCAGAGCUACCUGCUGGCCACUCUGGAGUCCAGUCAACACAAGACCCCUCCUCCUGUACCUGGAGGUCUUGCACCCAUCUGCAAGGAGCUACAAGCACUUGCUGUUCGCUUCAGUUGUCUCGUCAAUUUCAAUAAGCUGGUCUUCUCCCCAUUCUACCGAAAGAUUCUCCAAGAGUGCUUCUCAUCAGGAGGUUGUGCCAGCACAAAGACGUAAGCGCUAUGACAGUGAUGUUAAGUACCGGUACAUUUUCAAGCUAACGCUUGAAUUCAACAAAAGGAGCUGAGGAUAAUGAUAACACAUGUAAAACACAUUAAAAUCACUACAUGGGGUGGGGGGGGGGGGGAAACAAAAAACUUAGGCUGUGUCCUCUGCCCCUCUUAGAUAUCCAUCAGUUCUAUGAAAUCCAAUGUGUUUUGACGCUGUGUAACCCAUGACUAAGUUAGGUACAUAAUGCUUUGGACCAAUUCUUAAUUCCAAACGAGCAUUUGCUCCGGAGCAAAUUUUUAAACCACCUACCUGAGCAGGGUUAAAUUUGCUCCGGUUUAAACUGUUUUCAGGGGCUACACCGGCGUAACUUUGUACGUGUGAACGCUCUACUGGGGCAGCACCGGCGCUACACCGGAGCAAAUGUUGCCGUGUGAACACCCCUUUAGAUAUUUGCCUCCACCAACUCACCUAAUGGACAUCUGCUAUAGUUAAUCAGGAAAGAAGAAUUGAAAGUGUUAGUCUAGAAAUUUUGCUUUUUACAUACAAACACCUGUAGUUGCAGUUUGUUUGUCAAUCCAUUGCGGUAGCUUAACCUUUCCCAAAAAGUGUUAUGUUUCUCUUUCAUGAAUGUAGAAAUGAAAUUGAGUUAAAAUGUGAGAAAGGUUCUGUGUUACCUGGAGCGCUUAAAUUAAUUUUGUUGUUUAGUUAACUGUUAUUUGUGUUGGAGAAAUAAAAGAAUCCCAGUCAUUUGUC